AUGGAUCGUCUGGGUAGCGUAAGGCGUAGUCAGGCAGGCCAGGGCAGCAACGUGCGGGCAGCAAGGUACCAGAGGAGCAGGCAGAGAAUGGUCAGGGUCACAAGCCGGGUUCAGUAACUCAUGGGCAGCGCGGUACAGAGGAGCAGGCAGAAGGAUGGUCAGGCAAGCCAGGGGUUAAACAGGAGACGGUUAGCAGGGUCAGGAACAAUGCAGAGGUCGGCAACAGAAGAUUCACAGGAUACCAGGUACAGGGGCUCAUGGGAAACACCAAGGCACUGACUGCAGGUCUGGCCAUUGCUUAA